GAUAUGCACAUAAGGUCAUUGAAAAUAAGCCCUUUCGAGAUAGUCAAGCAGUAAUACAUCUGGUAUAAUAAACAUGGCGAAUAAUCUAGGAGGAAUUUUUCUGUUGUGAGAUUUUAAUAAUGCUCGAAUGUAAGAAUUUUAAAUACAAAGAAGUCAAUUGAAAAAUUUUUUUUAACAGUCUAACAAUAUAAUUAUUAUCAAAAUGGAUAUACGUGGUAUCGAAAUCACGAAUCAGUUAAGGAGCGCCAUUCGAGCUAAGUUACUUGAAUUGGGUGUACGUUACGACGAAGAACUGCCAGAUUAUAUUUUAGUGAUGGUUGUAAACAAGAAAUCUCGACAGCAGAUGAACGAAGAUUUGCAUUUAUUUUUGGAAGACAGUACGGAACCGUUUGUCAAUUGGUUGCAUGAUCAGGUAUUAAAAAAAUUACAAAAAGUUACCGUGAAAAAAAAGAGUAAUAAAGAAGUUGGAUCGUCGGUCGUUGUUAAAGAGGAAAAAGAUAAGAAAAAAAUUAAAGUAGAAGAUCAAUCUAAGUCCGUAUUAGAUAAGGAAGUUAUAACAAAAGUUGAUAGAGACAGAGAAUUUGAAGAGCUUGUAGGCGAUUUAACAUUAUUGAAUGAAAAUGAUAAUAAAAUUGGAUUGAAAGAUAUAGUUCAUGAAGAUAAAUCACAGAAGAAGAAAAACCCACUUCAUUCAACUACUAAUUAUGGAAAUAUUGCAAAUAAUGUAGAAAAAAAAGACACUGUUACAUCUACGGUUUCAGCAUCUACUAAGCCUUUAAAUAAUGAUAAAAAAGUAGCGUCCUUUAAGUACCCUCGUGUCGAUGUGUCUGAAAAAAGUAACGAGUCCUCGAUUCAAAAUUUGAAGCAUAGCUUAAAUCCUGAUGAUAUUUCAAACGAAAAGAAUACUCAAGCUACUAAGCGUUUAAAACUAUCUGACGAUCUCAAUAAUAAAGAUGAAAAUAAAUUAAAAUCAUCUAUUAAUAAACCAAAAAUAACUUCGGUUAUUUCUAUUAAAACUAGGCUUGGUGUUAUUCCUCCUGCAAAAAAAUCCGAUUUAGAUACUAAACCAAGCAGUGAUAUUAGAAGCGCAUUAAACAAAAAUCAUUUACACGUUGGAAGAAAUGAAACGAGUAGUCAGAGAAGCAGCGUGAGUCAGAAUAAAAUUGUAGAACGAAGAAAACAACGAAACGAAGAUGCUAGAACUGAACAAAGUAAAACUAACAAGAAUCAAUUUAGUAGUAAUUUAAAAACUGGUAAAUCCAAUAAAAUUGGAGAUUUAAAAAAUAAAGAAAGACUAAGUAAUAAGUGGGGAACGGUAAAGUCUCGUCUUGGUAUUCAUAAACAAGAUGAACCUCUCUUAAAAUCCUGCAAUUCCAUUAAAGUAAGCAAACCUAGAAUUAGUAAUGUAAAAAGUAGAUUAGGAGUAAGAAAAAGGCAGCAGAAUAGUGCACUGUCGGAUGCAGUAUUUAGACCUUCUCAAAAACCUCAAAAUGAUAAGAAUUUUCCUGAGGAAGAUGAUGAUUCUGUUAUUAAUACGUCUCUUAAAUCUCAUGUAAUUGAUGUUAAAAAACACCAAAUGCAAAAACAAAAACAAAAGAAUAUUGAAUUAAAGAAGCAAAGCGAUUCAAAUGUAGACGCAAAGAAAGAAGAAUUGGAGAAAAUUGAUGAUGAGGAUGCAUGCAAAGUUUCAAGUAAAAUUAUCGUCACUCCAAGACCAUUGAAACCACUUCAGCCGUCUUUAAAACGGGCUACGCAGUCUCUGUUGUUAAGAGCAGUGGCCGAAGCAAAUCAAUCGGUAGUAAUGCAAAAGAAAUUAGAUCCUUGCUUAAAAGAACAAAAAUUUGUAAAUAAAAUUAAAGUGAUGCGCGAUCCUUGGCAAGGCAAAAUACUUUCAGUAAAUUUAAAUUCAAAGAAACGACUUGUUAUGGAAAAAAUUCAAAUCGAACUUACUAAUCCUGAUAUAAUUAGUUCAUCCAAACCUCCAUUUAUAGAUUCAUCGCAAGUUGUAACGGAAGAGCAUUUAGAUAUGGUAAAAUCAUUGUUCAAAAGAAGCGAUGAUAAACAAAAGUUUUUAGUUACGUUAAAUGGAUAUAACAAUAAUAUCCUCAAAGAAAGAAAUUCUGAUGAUGAAGAACGUAUAGAAAUGGAGGUAAAUGAAGAUGACGAAUUGGCUCUGGGUAACAGUCAAUAUAGAUCUCACAUUGAAAACGAUCGAAUAAUUGACGAGCACGAUGACGAUAUAAAUAAAGCUCAUUACAUUAAUGAAGAUCAUGACACGAAUGAAGAUCACGAAUUAAACGAUGAUACAGAAAUUGAAUAUAUUGAACCGAAAAUUGAAAGUAAUGGAAAUGAUAAUGCAGAAAAUCUUAGACUCGAAGAAAAUCCUUGCAAAAGAAAAAGAAAAUUAAGUCCUAUAGUUUAUACUAGAUCUCGUUCGAGUACACCGGAAGACAAACCGACACUAGCUUCUACAGUCAAUUCGGUACUUCGUAUCGAUAAACGACCUCUCAUAAGUUCGGUUAUUACAACCGUUGCUGAUAAAUCAAAUGAAAAAUGUCGAUAUUGGCCAAAUUGUACAUUAGGCAUAAAAUGUGCCUAUUAUCAUCCUGAAGUUAUGUGCAGCUCUUUUCCUGCCUGUAAAUUUGGUGAGAAAUGUGCCUAUAAACAUCCAAAAUGUAAAUUUGGUUCAUCGUGCACAAAAUUGGGCUGCAUGUUUUCACAUCCUCCAUUACAAUGCAAGUAUCAUCCAUAUUGUAUGAAACCAGGAUGUCCAUUUUCUCAUCCUAAAACUUCAAGUACUACUGCAUUAACUUCAUUAACUCCAGAUAUUCCCAAUGUACGAGCAAAGUUUACAUGGAAAAAAAAAGAAUGAAUUUUCAUUUUAUAAAUAUUACUUGUUUUCUUAAA